AUGCUCCGGACAACAGCUUGCUUGGCAGUACUUUGGAGAUGUGCCACAGCCAUUUUGAAUGACGACUGCACCUCCUGGAAGGCAGACGCCUAUCGAUGGCAGGAGGCUGCAGGCCUUACGAUCCCGUAUGUCGAUGCGGGCAUCGACGAGAAACACAGCCCGUUCAUCGUGCUCAAUGCCACACAUGCCAAGGUCGUGGUGGGCAAAGGAGCCGUGACCGGGGAUCCGAACGACCUGGUCCAUCCGAUGGUGGAUGAUCCCGACGUCAUCCACUUCAUCCAGCUCAUUUGGGUGGAAGACCAAUCUGGCAAUCUGGUCUCGAUGCGUCAUUUGUCUCCCGCAGAGCCAGCUCCCGCCACGAUGUACUUCGAGAUCCCGACGGGGACGACAAGCCUUCGAGCCUUCGAGCUCUGCAAUCUGCAUGGCCUCUACCGCAGUCCCGCCGUGUCCGUCGCCUCCGGACAGACCUCCGCCUCCGCCCCUGCUGCCUGCUCUGUACAACAGUGCACAGAAGGGACAUCGGUCUCCAACUGCCAGGCCUUUGCUGGCGAGCUGAUGCGAAGAGAGGACUAUCAGCCCAAGACGGACCCCACAGGCAAGCACACGCCUUUCCUGAUGGUGAACGGUACGACUGCAACCAUCGUGGUCGGUGUCGGCGGCACCCCAGGAAACGAAGGCGGCUUGGUUCACCCCAUGACUCCGUCGGAGGACAAAGACUUCGCUCACUGGAUUUCACACAUCUACGCAGUGGACGACUUGGGGAAUUUGGUGGCGAUGUGUGAGCUUUUGCCAACAGACCCAGUUCCCGCGUCCUGCACUUUCCAGGUGCCCGAGAACAUCCCGUUUCUGAGGCCCUAUGAGUUCUGCAACGUGCACGGGUUGUACAUCGGCGACCUCGUGCAGGUGUCCAGCGCGAAUGCCAGCGCUGAGCGGAAUUGCAUCAAGAGGGAAUGCACGGCUAGCCAACCAUCCCUCGGCGCUGAGCCCUUGCGCAGCAAAGCCGUGGAUGCUCUGCUUCAACAGCAGCAAGACACUGCAAACAGGAUCAGUUCCAUCAACAUGUGCUUGCAGCACAAAGCACUCUACUAUGUUGCCAAGAGCGUCAUCGAUGAGGAUUUGCAGGCAGACAUUGACCGCCUCACCGAAGAAGGCGACGCAGAGAGCGAUAUCGCACGCCGCAUCAACACCUUUCCGGAAUUGUUUGCCAAGCUCAACGCUUUGGGCGGGAGAUGGGCAGCACGUGACGUCGUUAUCGAGCACACGCUCCAGGAUGCCAACGGAACCCAGCCCAGCUUGCGGCUGGACCUCAUCAAUGAGGCGGAGACGCGAUUCAAGCAGACGGUCCUCGGACGAGGCAACGAGACUUUUGCCGAGGGAAUCAACCAGCCCAUUGUGGAUGUUUCAAAGGACCUGCUGAUCAUCGACGCGACCUUCGGGAUGGACUGGGGUUAUACGACCUACAGAGCACUAGGCCCACACUAUACCAUCUUCUACUCACUCGACUUUGUCCAGCAGUAUGUCAACGUAUCAUUGUGCUGCAAAACGCUUGGCUGGAUGGGCAUGGGCUGGCUCGAUCCAGCACGCGAAGGUGGCCCACUCAUGCAGGACACGGACAUGGUCGUUGCUUAUGUCAAGGAUGGCCAAGCAGGGAUUGAGGAUCGCUUCGCCCGCUGGAUUGAAGAACCGCUCAAGGACGAGCUGCUGCAAGGACAGCGAUCCGACGACUUGGGGAAUCCGUUGAACGGUGCCAACGAUCUUGAGCUCGUUCCAGGAGUGUUGGGCACAUCUGGAAAAGAGUGGUGCCCUGAUGAUGCGUGCAAUCCGGGAUUCAGCCUGGUGCAAUUCCGACGGAAGUUUAUGACGGAAGACGUCUCUGAUAUCGUUCUACCAGUCAAGGCCUCCAAGAUCGGGAUCAUCUUCUCUUUCGCCAAGACCGAUCCUUUCGAGAGCUACUUGGAGCAGCAUCUGCCGACCUCCACCGGAUAUAUUGACAUUGCCUGGAAUUUGGUCUGCGACCCGGGCCUCUACUUCGACAUCACGGUCACGGAGUGCAAGCCUUGUGAGAAGGGCUUCUUCCGACCUGCCAACACCUCGGUGUUUACCUGCCUCAGGGCACCGCCGGGGACCUUCCAGAAUGAGACGGGGCAGGCAAGCGCCAAGCCGUGUAAGCGGGGCUUCACGACUUUCACUGCGGGAGCCACGCAGGAGUUCGCUUGCGUUUGCCCGGGUCCUUCUCUCACAGUACCCAGUGGGAGGUACCACGUUGAUAUCUGCGGAGGUACUCCCAGAACAGAUGCCCGGGGCGCUCUGAGGGCUUGUGCUCAGCUCGGGGAUUGCGUCGAAUGCCCAGAAGGCAUGAUCUGCGAGGGCGCCAGAGACGUCGCGAAUGCAUCGGAGCCAGCUGUGAGAGAACGCGUCGCAGCAUUCUGCUCUUCGUACGCCUUCGCUGACACGGAGGCCUGCACCUCCAGAGUGUACUGCGAGGCCAAUCUCGAGGACGCAGCUUGCGACCACGCACCGCCGAAGCUGCUUCCAGGCUACUGGUCCAGCCCAGACGACCCAUUGUCAGUGUACACCUGUGCGAGCGAGUUCCAUUGUCGUGGUGGCCCGCCGGGUGAGGUCUGCGCAAGUGGGCGUCGGGAUGUCGCCUGCGGCCUUUGCAAGGUCAACUACCACGGCGGCGACCAAGGAACCUGCAUCCCAUGCGAAUCUACGGACAUGGUGCCCGGGAUUCUCGCCUUGACUGCAUGCGUCCUCGUGGCCAUCGCUGUGUCCAUCAGAAUGCGAUCACACCUUACGAAGAAUUCCAAAGCGGUGCUGUCCUUGGGGAUCAUCCUCUCUCAAGCGGGAGUCUUGGUACAGACACUUGGCGUCUUCUCAGACCUGACCAUGGUUUGGGAAGAGCCUGUGAAGACCCUCCUGGAGCUGAUGCAGCUGGUGAACCUGGACCUUUCCAUCCUCAGAAUCCAAUGCAUGGUGGGGAACGAGGACCCGGCGCUCUCCGUGCUGAUGAUUCUGCUUACGCUACCGCUGCUCUGCAUGCUCGGCGGUCUCAUGGGCUGGAUGCUGUCCCGCUACAAGGGCGAGUCCUUCAGCUGGCCACGCUAUCUGAAUGUGGUGGGACUCUUGGUGAUGUUUGGCUACCUCGCUGUGUGCAUGGCCUUGUCUCGCCCGAUCCACUGCGUGUCGAACCCCAACGGCACCCAGAGCAUGAAAUCUUUCCCUGCCCAAGUUUGCUGGACAGAUUCUCACACACCGGCAGCGAUUGAAGCGAUUGUCGGAUUGACGGUUUUUGGAUUGGGCUUUCUUGCCUACAUCAUGCAGGUGGUUUGGCGAUAUCCAUCUCUGGUGGACACUGGCCACGGGUUGAAGCUGUUGACACAGUAUCACUUCUUGUUCAACCGCUUUGGGAGCCACGCCUACUAUUGGGGUCCUUACUUCAUACUGCAAAAGCUCCUUGUGGCGAUUGUGCCGAUCGUUUUUGCAGACAGCGCCAUCGUGCAGAUCAUGCUUCUGUCCCUGCUGAUGGUGAUAUACUUAGCGACGUGCUGCCACGUCAAGCCAUGGGCAACAGUCCUGGCCAAUCUGGCGGACGUCUUCCUGAACAUGGGGCUGAUGCUGAUGCUACUGAUAGCUGCCUUCCUUUCAGAUUCUGCCGGCCGCGACAGCAGGAGCAGGCUGAGCGUGAUCCUCGUCAUCAUGCUCCUGAAAAUCUGCCUUGGCAUCUCCUCCUUGGCGGGCUACGCAGUGUACCAGAAGCUCUUCCCGGGCAAGAUGUACGACUACUUCCUCUGCCAUCACAAAGCAGGUGCAGGAACACUUUGCCGAUGGUUGAAGACUGAGAUGCUGAAACAGUCAAAAAACAGAGCAAAGGUCUUCCUGGACUCUGAUGAACUUGAGGGAUUGGCAGACAUCGGUGACAUUGUCAAAAGUCAGACUGGCACACUGGUCAUUGUUGCGACGAAAUCCGUGCUGUCCCGACCCUGGUGUGCCGUGGAAAUCACCAGCGGGGUCAACAACAAGAUCGACAUUGUGAUGGUAGAGUGCAACAACUUCAGCCACUACGACGAGGAAGGCUUUAGGGCCUUGCGUGAAGGCUGGGGCAGUGCCGACAUCAUGAUAUUCGCGCAGAACGCAAUCGAUCCCGGAGUGGUGGAGGAGUGCUAUCGGCGACUACAGUCUGUGACCAGGAUACCUUUCGAUGCCAACGGGACCCUGCGAAAGCACCAAGAAGCUGUGGCCACCAUCUUGAAGCACAAUCUCCCAAAGGCGGACGAGGAGGCCGACAAGCAGGCCGAUAUCGUCAUCCUCGGUGCUGUGAGCAGCUCCGAAGGCAAAUUCACUUGCCAGGUUUUGGCUGAGAAUGUCAUCCACCGGACUACAAGAAAUGCAGUGUUGGUGUGCAGUCCAGAAGAUGCGGUUCAAGCCAGUGCGACAGCACAGUACAUGUUGGUGGUGUUGAGCGGCGGGAUCCUGCAGGAUGAGACAUUCCUGGCCAUGCUCGAGGCUGUGGACACCGCUUUCACCGACCAACUGGAGAUUGUGAGCGCUAUUGCGGACCAGAGCUUUGAGUUCCCCUCCGCGAACUAUUUCCAGGCGCUCGUGGACAAGGGCUCGAAGAACCUGGAGCAGUCAGUCCGACGAGUGGUAAACAUCCUGGCCCUGCCAUUUAGCCCACAAGUCUCGAGCAAGGUGCUCAGUGCACAGGCAGAUGAGCUUUGCCGGCGAUUCCGCUUCAAGGACGAAUCCGUCAGAAGAACCAGCCUACUUCAACAUCCUGUGGUCCCGCAUGUGCGUCAAGACGCGCACGCGGCGGAGAAGAAAGAGGAGGCUCCAGAGGUUCCAGCGACCACACUGAAGGACGCCUACGGCAUUGUCGUGUCAGACCAUGUUUUGACGAUGGACAUGUGA